UAUUUCUCACCCUGCCCCUCCCCCUCGUCUAAAUGCAGUGUGGUGCUGGAAAUCUCGCGAUUGUUGGCGUUAUUAGAGAGAGUUGGUGAAGAUGGCGCCUGUUGUGACAGGGAAAUUUGGGGAGCUCCCUCAGCCGAAGCGUUUAACAAGAGAGGCAAUGCGCAACUACUUGAAGGAGAGAGGAGAUCAGACAGUACUCAUACUGCAUGCAAAAGUCGCACAGAAAUCAUACGGCAAUGAAAAAAGAUUCUUCUGUCCUCCACCGUGUGUGUACCUGAUGGGUUGUGGCUGGAAGAAAAAGAAGGAGCAGAUGGAGAGAGAGGGCUGUUCGGAGCAGGAGUCUCAGCCUUGUGCCUUUAUCGGCAUUGGAAACAGUGAACAAGAGAUGCAGCAGCUCAACUUGGAGGGCAAGAAUUUUUGCACGGCAAAAACAUUGUACAUUUCUGACUCGGACAAACGGAAGCACUUCAUGCUUACAGUGAAAAUGUUCUACGGGAACAGCGCGGAUAUCGGUGUCUUCCUCAGCAAACGAAUCAAGGUCAUCUCCAAACCUUCCAAAAAGAAACAGUCGCUGAAGAAUGCAGACCUGUGCAUAGCUUCUGGGACAAAGGUGGCUCUUUUUAACCGCUUGCGGUCUCAGACUGUCAGUACGCGGUACCUUCAUGUGGAAGGGGGAAACUUCCAUGCUAGUUCACAACAGUGGGGAGCCUUCUACAUUCAUCUAUUGGAUGAUGAUGAGUCAGAGGGAGAAGAGUUUACAGUCAGAGACGGUUAUAUCCAUUACGGUCAGACAGUGAAGCUGGUGUGCUCUGUGACAGGCAUGGCUCUUCCACGACUGGUCAUUCGUAAAGUGGACAAGCAAACAGCACUAAUGGAAGCUGACGAUCCUGUGUCCCAACUACAUAAAUGUGCCUUCUACCUUAAAGAUACAGAGAGGAUGUACCUCUGCCUGUCACAAGAGAGGAUCAUUCAGUUCCAGGCCACACCCUGUCCCAAAGAAACAAACAAAGAAAUGAUCAAUGAUGGGGCGUCAUGGACAAUCAUCAGCACAGACAAAGCAGAGUACACUUUCUAUGAGGGGAUGGGCCCUGUACCCUCACCUGUCACACCCGUGCCUGUUGUUGAAAGUUUACAGCUGAAUGGAGGAGGAGAUGUUGCCAUGCUGGAACUGACAGGACAGAACUUCACGCCUAACCUCAGAGUCUGGUUUGGAGAUGUAGAGGCAGACACUAUGUACAGAUGUGGCGAAAGUGUGCUCUGCGUGGUUCCCGACAUCUCUGCAUUCCGUGAGGGGUGGCGUUGGGUUCGGCAGCCAGUGCAGGUUCCUGUGACCUUGGUCCGUAAUGAUGGCAUCAUCUACUCCACAGCUUUGACAUUUACCUACACGCCGGAGCCAGGACCGCGUCCUCACUGCAGCGCCGCGGGAGCCAUACUGCGGGUCAACAGCAACUCCUCCACCUCACCAUCUUCAUCCUCCUCAUCCUCCAGCCUACUGCUGCAGUCAGCUGUCGACAGCCAGACAGGAUACGUGGCAGCAGGGAGCGUGUCUUCAUCUUCCUCUUCCUCGGCUAUGUCUGUCUCCUAACCUGGGAGUCUCAAUGUGCGUUUGCGUGUGUGAGUAAGUGAGCCUUUGUGAGAGAUGGUGAUUCGUCCACACAUAGACUUUCCUAGAUUCAUGGGAUACAGAUCACAAAAACGGAUAAUGGUGCAAGAGAGAGAGAAGAAUGAGAGACAAGACUUCACACAAAGACUGGACAAGACAAAUGAAGAUGUCUCUCUUCUGUUCUCUCUCUCUGUGUCUCUCUUUGUUGCAGUUCUUUUUCAAUCUGUUUCCUCAUGUCGGAGGAAGUGGCAACUGAAGUGAUGUGUGCCGUGGAUCAAGACGCCACAGGAUCAAUGCAUAAGCCUUACAUGAAAUCAAAAAAAAAAAAAAAAAAUACUGUCUCUUCAAAACAAAGCCUUUUCGAAGUAAGUGCAAGCUGGAAAUUGCUUUGAGAGAUGUUGUUUUCUACUAAAGGGCUUAAUGCACUGUUUUGCCAGGCUUGGAAGAAAAGUUAUAGUAAUAUAGUUUUUAAGGACCAAGGAAUAUUAUUAUUAUUAUUAUUAUUAUUAUUUUUAUUGAUACAUAAUUUUAUAAGCUUUAGCUAAGGUACAUUUUUCACCUUUUUCAGUUUUAUAACAUAUAGUAAACUUUUGUUACCAAAUAGUUUUGUAUAUUUCUUGUGAGUGUUUGGGCUCAGAAGGAAAUGGUUCACGCGUUUUAAAAGCCUGAACUUAUAGCUGCCUUUACUCGUCUUGGCUAAUGCCUAAAGUCUUCUGGAGUUUCACCAGACCAUUUCUCUUUUGUAAUAAUAUUUUUAUGUCAUGUAUAUUGGUCUUUUUCCCAUUCUUUUUUUCUCUCCACUAAACUGAUAUGUAAUAUUGAUGCCGUUUUUGUGUAUUUGGGAGAAGGUGACUCUUCUGCUUUGUUUAACUUUUUUCUCAUAUGAAGUCUUUAACACAAAAGCUUUAACUGACUUUGCCGGUUGGCCGUGUGUGCCAUAUCGUACUCAUCAGAUACACAUAGCCAUUGAUCUGGCCCUUUUUCAUUGGCUAUAGAUAUUCAAGCUGCCAACAUAACAGUAACCUUAAAAAUAUCCCACAGUUAAUGGCUUACAUUUAAUUGAACAUAAGUGCACAAAAUUCUUUUAAUGGGUCUGCGAUUUCGAAUGAAUUGGUUGACUCAAAUCCUGUGGUAGGAAAGGACUGUACAGGUCUCAUUUGCAUAUCAUUUACGCUUUCAGUGUCAUGAUUACUGUUAGUAUCAGACUAAAAUCAGCAUGUAGGAAAAUUGCUGCUUUGAUGUCAUGUGGUUUAACCAUAUAGAGAAGGGAGUGUGGUGAUUCUGUUAGUACAGUCAUGUUACAAGCAUGAAUGAAAGUUUGAAUUAUCUCAGUGUUUUUUAGAUAGGGAUGUGGAACAUUUUCAGAAUCAACCAAUUUAGGGUCAGAUUUACUAACAGCUUGCACCAGUGUAAACCCUCUUUUGGCGUUAAGAAGCUACUGUCAGAAUUUAAUAAGGCAGUGAAAAAUUAGUGAUGAAAAGGAAUGGACACGGUUAAUUAAUUUAUUAAUUAUUAAAUGCGUAUUAAUUUGUAGGAGUUUCCCUUUAAGACACCAAAUUUAUGUGAGGAGAGUAUUUAAAUGAAUCAUGCAAUGAGAUUUACUAAGGUUUGCAGCAGUUUGCGCCGUUAAUUAAUAUGCAAAAAAAAACAUGUCUAACCCAUUUUGCACUUGAGAUGCCUGCGAUAGUUGCUAAUUUGUGCUCCUCUUGCUAGAUUGCGUUGGUCAUUGGAAAUGAUCAGGCUGCGUCUGUAUACAUUAAUUUGCACAUCGUCAGUAGAUCACCCGCAAAACUUUCCACUCCUAUCAACGUUUUUAACUUUUUAUGUGAUUGUGGUCUCACGCUAAUAUGCCCUGUUCAGUAAAUCUGGCCCUUAGUGGGUGGCCUGACCAGCUAGUUCACUAAUCAGUCUUCUAGUUAGUUGAAUGUUUUUAAUUAAACAUGGCAUCUUGUACUGAGAUACUCAGAUGGAUGUUUGAAUGUGUAAUGAUUGUACUAAAAAUCUAGAUAAACUAGUCAGCCUCACUAAUUGACUAGCUUGUUUUUGGACCCAUCCCUGCUUGUAGUCAACUAGCAUAGCAGUGUCAAGCUGAAUGGAAAGAACCGGAAAAAAGCACUUGUUCUCGCAUUGCUGCGUUUGUAGAUUACAGGAAAUGAAAUCUUAUCCUUCCUUUUAUAUGUUUUGAUUCAUGAAACUGCAGAAGUGGCACAGCCUUCACGAGCAUCACUGCUACGUCAAAAUGUGCCCUUUUAAGCUGAUGUCACAUGGAUUUUUUUUUUUUUUUUUAUGAAAAUUGUUUAGUACCAAAUGUUCAAUUUUGUAAUUGCUAUUGUCUAAAGCAACUAGAAAUGAGGCCUUAAACCACUACUGCUUAAUAACAGGAUCUGUUGGUAGAAUAUUACACUACAACCUUUUGUGAAAAGGACAUUGGUAUUUGUUUAUACCUUUUUCAGUAUGAAAAUGUCAUCUCAUGUCUGCUCUUUCUGUGGAUCUUUGUUUCUUUUGCUGUUCUUUUGUACACCCCCCCCCCCCCCCCCCCCCACCCAACUCUACAUGCAUCGUCUGAUCAGAGAGAAAUAGACACUUAUGGUAUGGACUGCAUUCUGUUACUUUUUGGGAUUUAUAUAGGAACAGCAGAAGUAGUUCCUCAGUGGUUUUGGUUCUUUUAAUUUAUCCAUUUCUGUCAUGGUUAAUAUUAAUAUAUGAGUCUAAAUGUUAUAUUGAUUAUUUUAUACAACAUAAUUGCUGUAUUACAGUCUGAAAUAUUCUUUUAAUGUUAAUAUUUCUAAACAUUUCUUCCAUGAUUGAGGGAAAAUUACUAUGAAACUUCUUUUGUAUAUCAUAUAUUUUUUUAAAUAGUCAGGCCUUGUUUGGUCUGCAUUAGAAACUUGCUUUGGAAGAAAUAAAAGCCAAAACCCAGUAAUUCUUGCAAAGCCAUUAACUAGUAUCUACUGUGAGCUUUUUUCAUUGAGUUCCUCAAUCAGGGAAGAAUAUUAACGCAUACCAUGUGCAAGUGCCGAAAUGAAAACUCCCAAAUCUAAAGGUCAAAUUGUGAAGGUCACGCAUAACUUUUCCAUUUAUGCUUUCAGUGUUAUUUUCCUCUUGUAUCCAGUUGUCUUCCAGAGUGUUCGAAUCAGAGGACCUGAUUGGUUAAUUUCAAGACUAACCAUCUUGAGUUUCAUCAUUUCUGUCACACAAGUUAGUUAGUUUGCCUAUCACCUGUGUCACUGUGCUUGCAUUGAACAGAAACUAGUGUAUUAGAUCACUGUUAUCUUGUCUGUAGAAAAAAAAAAAAAGGGUGAGAAUUGAUUUCUCAAGCGUUUCAAUGGUUGUUUUACAUUUUGGAAGUUACCAGCCUUUGCCAAAUGGCUGCCAGCUGUUCUGGUUUUGAGUGCAUGUUCUCGAGCAGAUUUGAACUGUAUUGGUGCUGUCUAACUCCUAAAGGGCCAGUGUAUCUGUUGCUUUUGGAAUGGAUCACUAAACACUGUAAUAGAUUCAAAAAAGUGUCAAGUUUUUCAUUUAUUUUUGUCAUUGCGGUGCUAAAUUAAAAUCAUCAAGGAAGUGUGGUAUGGAGAUUGCAAUACUGACCACUGUGUGCGUAAAAAAAGCAUAGUUCAGACAAAAAUUAAAAUGUCAUGAACUGU